AAGCUAACGCAACAUCGUAACGUCUCUCCAAUGAUUCACAAAACCCAACAUCAUCCUCAGCUCCGGCUCACCCUUCCGUAAUCAAUUUUAAAACUUAGGGAAAAUACAACUGGGCCGAUAUCUAUGCUCGUCUCCCAAUCUUCGCUUAAACGAUUCUCAUUUAGCUUUUUCUCCGGCGAAGAUCCUCGCCGGAAAGCGCGAUCGCCGCCGUCUCUUUCUAAUAAUAGCAUCUAUCUAUUUCUUUGUCAGUCUAAUAUCACUCUCAAGGACACACAUUUCUAUCAAAUCUCAUUGUCAGUCGGUUCUUACUUCUUGGCUCUUGCUUCCUCUCCCCCUUUAUUGUUAGUGUUAGCUUUAAAAACCAGCAAGAACAAAACCCAGAGAGAGGGGGAUUGUUUUCUACUGACGGAUGUUGAGUUAUCCAAAAUUGCUUUCUGGGUUUUCUUAGUUUUGUUUCUUGCAGGUUUUCUGGUUUUUUGGAGGUGAUGGAUGGGGAAGAGAGAGGGUGGAGUAGGAUUUGUGAGUAAUUUGGUACAUGGGGGAGGAGAUGUGAGGACUGAGGAACUUCUACGUUUUGUCUGAUGAUGGUGGCUGCUAUUUCUGCCACUGCUUCUACUGGUAACCCCAAAACGUCUGCACAACGGCAAGAGAGUAAUCAGAACAUAGCAAGGCCCCCCUUGUUACCUUCCGAGAGAGAUAAUGGCGUUAAUGCCCGGAGGCCCAAAUCGAGAGAAAUCACUUCCAGGUACCUGUCCCCUUCGACUUCGACAUCAACUUCGACUUCAACUUCAACUUCGUCAUCUUCUUCCAGGCGUUGCCCAUCUCCUUUCGUUUCGAGACCGACCUCUUCCAACACCCAGUUACCGGCGACGGCUCAUUCGAUGAUUAAACGGUCGCAGUCGGUGGAGCGGAGGAGGCCUGCGACUCCUCGGCCGGCUACGGCGUUGCCCGAGUCGAGAACGGGUAAUGCAGCGGAAGUAUCGGUGGCUUCCAAGAUUUUGUUCACUUCGACACGGAGCUUGUCUGUUUCUUUUCAAGGGGAGUCGUUCUCGCUUCCGAUUAGUAAGACGAAGGCGGUUCCAUCGCCGAAUUUGAGCAAUGCGAGGAAGGCUACCCCUGAGCGGAGGAAGGCGACCACGCCAUUGAGAGGCAAGGUCGAUGGUGGCGGAAGUAGAGAUCAGACGGAGAAUUCCAAGCCAGUCGAUCAGCACCGUUGGCCCGCAAGAAACCGGCAAGUGAAUAUUCUGACUAGAAGUCUGGAUUGUACCGAGGAGAAGAAGAAACUGAUUGGAUCUGGGACUGUGGUUCGGGCGCUGCAGCAGUCGAUGAUUGAUGAGGGUCGAAGAGCGUCGUUUGAUGGAAGAUUGCAUCAGGAUACAGGCAAUGCGGAAUUGGUGAAGUCGGUUCAGCGUGCUCUGGAUAUUGGUUAUUCGAAUGGCUCAUCGCUGCCUUCCGAUCUCAAUGCGUCGGAUACGGACAGUGUCUCCUCGGGCAGCACUUCGGGAGGACAGGAAUGCAGUGGGGUUUCUAGAGGACGAAGCGGACCUCGAGGCAUCAGUGUACCCGCAAGGUUUUGGCAGGAGACGAACAACCGGUUGAGGCGUCUGCAAGACCCAGGUUCACCAUUGUCCACCACCACUGCUUCAAGGACAGCAGCUGCUGCCCCACAGAAGCUUAUUCCAUCUAAGAAGUCAUUAAGUGAUUGUCCUAUAUCGUCUCCACGAACAGUCUCAACUGGGAGUCCACGAACAGUCUCAACUGGGAGUGGUAGGGCGCCGGCGUCGCCUCUCCGUGGUCCUGCCAGGCCUGCAUCCCCAAGCAAGCUUAUGACACCAUCGACUUCUUCUCCCUCAAGGGGCAUGCCCAGUCCAUCUCGAACAAGGAAUGCAGCGGCAGCAAGCUCCUUGAGCAGUUCGGGCAACAUGCCUUCCAUUCUAAGUUUUGCUGCUGAUGUUAGGAGAGGAAAGAUGGGGGAAAACCGCAUUGUUGAUGCACACCUCUUGAGGCUCCUCUACAACCGACACUUGCAGUGGCGUUUUGUAAAUGCGAGAACCGAUGCUUCUUUAUUGUUGCAAAAACUAACAGCAGAGAAAAAUCUAUAUAAUGCAUGGGUAACUUCCACUGAACUACGCAAUUCUGUCACAGUUAAAAAGACCAAGUUACAGUUGUUGAGGCAGAAUUUGAAGCUAACUUCAAUCCUUAAAGGACAAAUAACCUAUUUGGAAGAGUGGGCUCUUCUGGACAGGGAUCACUCUAGUUCUUUAUCAGGGGCUAUCGAAGCAUUGAAGGCAAGCACUCUCCGCCUUCCGGUUGUUGGUGGUGCAAAGGCGGAUAUCCAAAAUGUUAAGGAUGCAGUUGGUUCAGCAGUUGAUGUGAUGCAGGCUAUGGCAUCCUCUAUAUGCUCUUUGCUAUCAAAGGUGGAGGAAGUAAAUUCCUUUGCUGCUGAACUUGCAAAUGUGACCGCACAAGAGCGGGCUUUGCUUGAUCAAUGCAAAGAUCUCUUGUCCACAUUAGCGGCUCUGCAGGUGAAGGAUUGUAGCCUGAGAACACAUUUAUUACAACUAAAACGUGUACCGAGAAACCUGACAACGCAAGCGUAGACUGAUCUUAUUUGACUACUUACUCAAAUGCUAACAUCACAUCAAACCCUUCUUUUUUCCCCUGUGGAGGCAGUGCCUGGGGUAAUAAGAAAGUACUGAGUGGCUGGUUGUUCGGGUAAAGAAAUGGGGUGUUCACUUGACCUCUUUGGAACACAUGGGGUCAGAGUCGGCUGUAUCAUGUAUUUUUUGUACUCACCACAUCAUAGGUAGUGGCUUUUCCUUCAAAUUAAUAUUAGCUGUAUACAAAAUACCUUCUGUUCCCUAUAGGUGAAAGGAAAGCUGAUGUAUGUGUAUGAUGCUUCCAAUUUAUUGUCUCUACUUUGUAGUUCA